CGCCGGUCUCGAUGCCAACGCACAGUCGCUGUUCGCAGUCAAAGCGGUUUCGUUGUGUCGCGCGCUCGAGUGGCAAUGUGCGAUAUUCAGCACUAGAGGAUAAGCCGAAUCCCACAGUCCAGCCAACAUGACGGACCGAUAUGCCAAUGGAGUGACCACCAGCCUGGUCGAGCCCACCAAUGGAAGCGCCGCCGCGGCACAGCCCGGCGAUGGAGAGGAGAAGAUUGUCCUCAAGCGGAAGCUAACACUCAUCAAUGGAGUGGCCAUCAUAGUGGGCACCAUCAUCGGAUCGGGCAUCUUCAUCGCUCCCACGGGAGUCUUUCUCUACACCGAAUCCGUGGGAAGCUCCCUCUUGAUUUGGCUGACCUGCGGCAUUUUGUCGACAAUCGGAGCUCUUUGCUACGCGGAACUGGGAACAUGCAUCACGAGAUCUGGCGGGGAUUACGCCUAUCUGCUGGUGUCCUUUGGGCCGCUGGUGGGAUUCCUGCGGCUCUGGAUUGCACUGCUCAUCAUCCGGCCAACCACGCAGACCAUUGUGGCUCUUACUUUUGCCCAUUAUGCAGUCAAGCCAUUCUUCCCGGAAUGCGAUCCCCCACAGAAUGCGGUGAAACUGCUGGCUGCCAUAUGCCUGACACUGCUCACCACGAUUAAUUGCCUGUCUGUGAAGGUGUCCAUGAAGGUGCAGGAUGUGUUCACGGUGGGCAAGCUGCUGGCCCUCAUCAUGAUUAUCCUGGCCGGACUGUACUACAUGGCCACUGGCGAGUUGGAGAACUUCAGCCAUCCGUGGGAGGGCAUCUACACUACCCGCAACAUUGGCUACGCCUUCUAUUCCGGUCUGUUUGCUUUUGGCGGCUGGAACUACUUGAACUUUGUGACGGAGGAGCUGCAGGAUCCAUACAAGAACCUUCCGCGCGCCAUUUGGAUAGCCAUGCCCCUGGUCACGGGCAUCUAUGUUCUGGUUAAUUUGGCCUACUUCGCCGUGGUGAACAAACCGGAGAUGCUCAGUUCACUGGCCGUGGCGGUGACCUUUGGAAACCGCGUGUUCGGACCGCUGGCCUUCAUGGUGCCCAUUUUCGUUGCACUGAGCACAUUCGGAGGCGUCAACGGAGUGCUCUUCACCUCGGCGCGACUCUUCGCCACUGGAGCUCAGGAAGGGCAUUUGCCCAAGUUUUUCCAGCUGUUCCACGUGAAGCAACAGACUCCCAUUCCCUCCCUGAUUUUCACAUGUCUGAUGUCUCUGCUCAUGCUGCUCACGGAUAACGUCUACCAGUUGAUCAACUACUUCAGCUCGGUGCUCUGGCUCUCAGUGGUGGCCAGCAUAGCCGGGAUGUUGUGGCUCCGGCAUAAGAGACCCGACUUGCCCAGACCCAUUAAAGUCCAUAUUGCGCUGCCGAUUAUCUUCAUGGUGAGCUGCGUGACACUGGUACUGCUGCCGAAUCUGGAGGAGCCGCAAAAUCUGCUGAUUGGCAUCGGCAUAACCCUGGCCGGCAUUCCGUUCUACUACGCCUUCAUCGCCUGGAAAAAUAAGCCCAAGUGCUACGGACGACUGUCCAACUCAGUAGUGGAGAUUUGCCGGGCCGUCUUCAAUACCACCAUUAUCGAAUCGAAUGAGGCGAUUAACUAGGCCUACAUACAUAUGUACCACACGCGUAAAACUCGUGCAUUUAGUGCAAAUUGGACUGCACUGGAAAUUGAUAUUCGAAAACACUGAAAACUUGUUAACUUGUAAACAGUUUUGAGUAAGCCCCUGCCCCGUUUGUAUGAUAUUUUAGCAUUCCUCACCACCAAAUUGGCAUCUAUAAGAAUUUAGUUUUAUCGUACGUACGUAUUUAUUUCAGCAAGCCCCUCAGUUAACAGGUUUUACAAACCCCAGCCUUUUUGGCCCACUUCCCACUUAUGUUUACUAUAGACUCUAUGGUUGGGUGCAACAAUCCGAACUCCUUUUUUAACCAAAUGAGGAAGUAAUUGAAAGCGCUUAUAUGGGAACAAACUACAAAAUGUGACAUGUUUAGGGAAGCUACACAGCAGUACAAUAAGGAGCAUAUUAAUGUUUAACUUAACCGCUUAGCAAAUAAAUGUAUUAUUGCAAACUCGUUACUUUGAAA